CAACAACAACAGCAACAUUUGGUGCUACAGCAACAGCACAAUCUUCCAAUUCAUUUGCAGCAGCAGCUUUCACAUCAUUUGAUUACGAGCCAUUUGCCGCACAAUACUGCACCAGGCCAGGAGCAUGCGGGCGCAUCCGAGCUACACCAUCAGGUGAACUUCCACCAUCCGCACAUCUCGCAUUUGCCCAAUCUGUCGCACAAGAUCCUGUCGCCGUUGUUCCACAUUCCAUCCUUCAACAACAACCACAGCACAUAAUGGAGCGAGUGCAGGGGUGCGGCACCAGUGGUAGGUGCGGUCAGCCCGGCUACUAUACUCAAUUCAUCGACUGCGGCACUGCUUGCCGCUGGCGGAAGCUCGCUGGUAGGAGGACCACCCAGCACCACCACCAUUACCAAUACUAGUGGUAUGCCGAUCGUGAAGCUUGAACGUCCAGAAGAGGACGAUAAUAAUGGUGGUAUCGGUUGUGGUGGUGGCGGCAGCGGCGCUAAGUAACGACAACCGCAGUGGCGGUAACCGGUGGGGCGGUUGUCCCCACAUGAAUUCUAAGGUAGCAGUUUGUUUGUAGGGGGGCGAGCGCAAUUUAGCAGUUAAGCAAAUGAAGGCAAAAUCAAGUCUAAUACUCAGGAGAGCGCAACCGUUGAACUGUUGCGUUCACAUUAACAAGGGAAGGAAGAAAAGAGCAUCAUGGCAUCCUGUAUUGUCAUCCAUCCAGCUGCCAACGGAAAGGCGAGCUGAAUGUUUUUUUUUAUCGUAGAUUUUCGUUUUAUCAUUAGUUACAAUAACAAUUGUAUUUGAUAAAGAUUUUUAGCAUUAUGCAAGUGGAGGAUGCAGGCCCAUGCGCGACUGAUCGAUCGAUGGCAUUCUAGAGAGGAGAACGAGUAGAACCAGUACCAGUCUCUGCUGCGUUCGCUUUUUAUGAUUAGUGCGAGAUUGUUAUAAACAGGGAGAGAAAAAAGAAAUGCCCAACUCACACAUACGCACACUAAUACACAUAACAACUCACAAAACAAAAAUAUGAAGAUGAACAGAUUGCAAGUGUAGAAGGGACCUAGGGAUCUAGGGGUUCCCCGCUGCCCAGUUUCGCAUUUUUAUGUUUUAUGCUUCGCUUCAGAAUCACUCUACCAUGUAGUAGGAUCGGAUCUUUAAAAAAGCAAAGAUGAGGCAUCGAUCGUAUCCUCCUAUCAUUGUGAUAAUCCAACGAGAAAAGCAGCUAGUACGUAGUGUUGCUCCUGGUGGACGAGAGAGAUGAAGAGGUGAUGUACAUUCAUCACCAAUGGAGAGCAACAGGUUGUGAUAUAAAAUGACAUAAAAAAACGACAUAUGCCCACAUGCACAUUUUGCAAUUCGCCUCGAUCGUGGAUGUAAUAUGCAGUCCCCCUGAAUGCUUUCGUUAUCGACUAAAAACCAGCCGUUAGAGCCAGAGCCUACCUGAUGCCUACGGCAGGUCCCAUCUUUUCUGCACCUACUAGCAACUAUUAUGAUAUCUUCUUAAAGAAACCGAAGUAGACUAUUGCGAUUUCCUCCACUUGCAAAUUUUUGCUGGAGAAAAAUGAUCUUCUAUCGCGAUGUGUCUUAAAUGUGUCUUUGUCUUGCAACGUAACAUGACAAAUCGACGGAAUUGCUUCGAGAAUGGGAUCUACUUUCAAUGUCGCAAUAUCUUUCAAAACGAGUUCAUUUACGAGGGUGUGUCACAAUAUAAGGCUGACGAUGAUGCUUAUGUACUGAGUGCUGCGUGUGACAUUGGGGCUGUGAUAAUUGAUUUAUAUUUUAUGUACUGCGAGUGUGGCAAGGUAUACUGUCUAUCUACCUGCCUGCUACGCCGCAACACAUUAAUGAUCCAAAUGUUGCUAUCUGGUCAAUCGGAGACGUUUUAAAUUGAUCGAAACUCGUUUUGAUUCUCAGGAAGCUUCUAAUUAGAGCAACAUCAUCGGCAGCAUUUCAUUCGACGAUUUAUAUUGGUAGCGCCUUCUUUGUACAUGCGUUAACCAAUUAUUUCCCCGUGACUCAGAUUCCAAGGAAUGGUGACUUUGAACAUUGUGAAUGUGACGGGGCAGGACUGGGGUGCGCCAAAUCGCGGUAUAUUUUAGUCAAAUGGAUACCAGCAGCCUACUUGUUUAAGGUAUUAGAAGCGACGUGCAUAGGUGCGCUCAUCAACAUCCCUAUGUCGACUUGUGUGUGUGCGUUUGUACGUGUGUGUAGAACCUAGCACUAGCGUGUGUUUUGAAGUUGAAACCGCUAGCAGCUGUAUCCUGACAAAGGUAUAACAUGUAUACUAGAAUGACGAAAAAGUAAUGAUCACAUUACUAUCACAGAGUAUAUGAGUGUGUGUGUGUGUGUGUGUAUAUAUUUUAGACAUGAUCGCGUUUUGUUUUGUGUGUUAUGUGUAAAUAUAUGUAUAUGUAAGUGCUUCCAUGGUCCGGUUACACCUGCUGGCCUUGCAAUGUUUUGCUGGAGUAUUAGGCUCAACCUACUUCCCCUAAUAGUAGCAGAGAAUAUUAGCAAUGCUGGCAGGGCGCAUAUUCCAGUGAUCUCUUGUGUAAAGAUGCCACUAAAAAGGCGCAAGCGCGCCUCACAGUCAAACCCUGAGGAGUGCGUACCUGCACAUAAUGACUUGCGCGAUGGCGUAGUGCAGAAAUACACAGUCACAGGUUUUAGGUGCACGUACAGUAUGUUCCUAGAGAAGAAAAUAAGAUAAUGAUAAGCUAAAGCUACGAUGCUUAUCAUAAAAGGCACAUACCCUCAAUGUUGUAGCAAUGGAUGUAUGCAGCUCAACAAUGCAAAGAUGCUGAACAGCGCGGCAGAACAGACAUAGAAAUCAAAAGUAGUUCAUAGAAGCAUCGAACAGCAAAUGGCUAAGAGCUAUAAUGCGCAGAACAGUCUAGCAAACGUGGUAUGAAUGACCAUUAAUUUUACUCUUACUACUUCCAUUACUUACCAUCAAUCAAUCAGCUGCUGGAGUUGAAACUUUUCGAGUAGCUGGUCGGAACAAAAAAAAACAAGCUUCUCAUAGCGUCGUUAAGAAACAGCAGUAGUUAACCACAAGUAGCACAAACAUACGAAAACUUCAGUAGCAAAAAACAAAAUAAGCAAAACCACGGAAUGUUAUAAAAAGACAUUAAACAUGCAAAUGGUAAGCUGAACUGUUAUAAACAGAGCACGAAAAGAAGAGAAAGCCAGCCGUAACACACACAUACACAAGACAAGUGCGACUAAAGGAUAGCUCGAGGAUCGUGUUUAAAACAUAACACUUUUUUGUUUUGCAAGAAGUAAUCAGAACAGAGAAAGAGAAAGAUAGCAAGCAGAUAGUAUAGAAAGCAAAGAAAUAGGUUGAAAAAAUGCAACCUUUGCAGCAUAAUAAAACACACCGACACACACAAACACAUUCAAGAUUGCUAUGAUUUGAUAGGGAAAGUGUAAAAGGGCAUGUAUGUUAAAUGAGCGAGUAAGUGUAUAGACAUAAGCGGAUACAGAAAGAGAUCUUAUAUCAAAAAGAGUAAGGCUUGCAUUGCGGCAGCGGUGGCACCCAACGGGGCGACGACGAGGAGAAAACUCUCCGCCCGUGAAACGAAAGGCUGAAACUAAAGGAUUUAUAUAGAGGAAUUGUUGUUACUGAUCUGUAAAGAAACGGUUGUUGAACCAGGUGGAACCAAAGGCAUUGUCCUAUGGUAUCCAGAGAGGUAGAGAAUGAGAGAAGAUGAUGUGUGAUCAAUCCAAAGGGAAGCGAGUAAUAGGAUUGGUGCAUUUGUAUGAUGUGUGCGCGAGUGGUAGAGAACAGCGGGGAAUUGUCACGUGAUGCUCUGGAUGCGUACUUCACUCAACACCCAUAUUUUGUAUACUGUGGUCCCACACUCUUCCUCCCCAAAUCGCGCCCUCUCCUCUUCCCGAAUGUGUUUUUUUAUGUGUGUUACGUUGUUGCGUUACUAGCGUAGGCGCGAGUAUGGCGGAUUUGUGACGGAUGAUGCCCCGCCACCGUCGUCGCCAUCUGUUUCGUUUGUAAUGAAUGUGGCUGUUAGAUGUGGUGCCUCAGCGCUUCCCUAUUUCAGUUUAGUGGUUAAGUUUGUGACUUAAUAUCUAUAUAUAGAUACUAUAUACAUUAAAAUCUAUUAUAAACACAUUAC